AUGUUCCUGUCGAGGCCACUUCAUUGUUACUUCAGCGAAUCUGCUGUUGUAAAACAACUAUUGGUUGCAAUCAUCAAAGACCAAUCUUUUCAAACCACUACUUUUGCCUCAACCACAGCUCAAGAGCAGAGCAUUUCAGUGAGCAAUCCAAUUUGGAAUACAGAAACGGUCACUGGAGUUCUAAGGUUCAUUCCAAGAUUCUUCUUUCAAUCCCCAAGAUCGAUUGGCAGCCAAAAGGGAUUCCGCCAUCGCGCUCCGCUCAAGCAGAGACGUCUGAAAGAUGAAUACUUGAAAGCGCAAACUGGUAAACUGAUUCUGGGCCCUGCUGCUCAUAGGGAUACUGAAAAGGUAAAGCUCGGGUUGAAAAAAGCUACUGAAUUUUUCUAUUUGGUUGAAUCCCAUUUCGGGUUUGUGCAUAAUGAAGCUACUUGUAGAGAAAUGGCUCUUGUUUUGGCCAAAGGAAAUAGUUUAAGACCCCUUUGGGGAUUUCUUAGAGAAAUGUCGAAAAAAGGGCUUGUUAAUACUUCUUUGGUCACUUGUGUUAUCAAGGUUUUAGGAGAAGAAGGAUUGGUUAAUGAAGCCUUGGCUGCAUUUUAUAGAAUGAAGCAGUUCCAUUGCAAACCUGAUGUUCUUGCAUAUAAUACAAUUAUUUAUGCUCUUUGUAGAGUUGGAAAUUUUAAGAAAGCUAAGCUUAUGUUAGAACAAAUGGAGUUGCCUGGUUUUAGAUGUCCUGCUGAUAUUUUCACUGCUGUUAAUGAUAUUGACAAGGCAGUGGAGAUGUUAAGAAGGAUGGAAGAACUGAAACAUGGGACACCAACCACAAGUUCUUAUACUCCUAUAAUUCAUGCCAUGUGUGAAGCUGGUAGAGUGGUGGAAGCAUGGGAUUUCCUUGUUCAGUUGGUGAAGCAAGGAUCAGUUCCUAGAGAAUUCACUUAUGAAAAAGUUCGAAAUGCUCUAAGGUCUGUAGGUGAGAUCAAUCUUCUCGAUAGGAAUUAUUGCAAGUUGAUUGAAGAGGGGAUUCAAAAACGAAUCUCCCAUGUUACGAAGGUAAAACCAAUUUUGAAGCGUGAAACUGUGGCGGUUGAAGAAUAA